GUAAAAAAUUUCUCAUAUUGAUUUUUGGUAAAACAAAACAAAGACGCGUCCUUGAACUUGAAGCAAAAUCGGUCUUCUUUCUCUUCCAACCUCCCUCUCUCCCCUCUCACUGUUUUUUUGUCUUCUGUUAAAAAUGAGCAUGACCCAGUUCGCCAUGGUUGAGGAGUUGGCUUCACUUGUCAAGGACAAUCUUCCAUGCAAGCAUCUUGUUCUCUCUGUGGAAGAAGCCUUGGUCAACUUCAUUGAGAGUGAUAUCAGCUCUGGUGGGUUUUUAGAGCUAGAACCAAUGAAUUCAUACAAUCGUCUUCUUAUGCAUCGUCUUGCAGAUAUAUUUGGAUUUUCGCAUGAAUCUGUCGGUGAAGGAGAUGAUCGACACUUAAUUUUGGAGAGAUGCCCUGAUACAUCAGUACCUUCCAUCCUUGUUAGUGAUAUUUUGUGGCAGUACGAUGAACCUCAAUCUCCAACAACAUCACAUCAAUUGUUAAGAAGAACAGGAGACUCACCAGGUUAUUUAUUAUCAUUGUUGAAGACAAAAUCACCUUCGGUUCAACAUUCACUUGAGGAGAGAGAAGCUGCUUAUUUGGCUGCACGUGAGAGAAUAUUUUCAGCCAACUUAGGGGAUGAAAAAGAACCCAUCAAGCAGAAACCACGAAGUGUUCCCGUGGUUGCUCGCCGUAUGAUUGCUCAUGCUCUAGGGCAAAGAAUCAACUCACGCAAUCACGAGACCACACACAAUGACUCAAGUGCUUCCAGAGAGGCUGAUGAAUUAAACAACCAGCAUAAGGAUGAAGUGGAGACUGAUUUGAGGGUGGAAGAUGUUCAAGAAAUCCUUCAUUUGUCUGGCAAAAUGGAUAACUCGUGUUGUAAAGUAAAAAAGAAUAACCAUAUUUCGGGCACAUCAUCAAAUGCUGACAGUAAGGCAGGCAAAAAUAAAUCUGACAAAAUCCCUAGUGGUGUUGUUGCAUCUGGAAGAGUCAGAAAUGGUGUCAAUGAAGAACAUCAUAAAAAGGAACAUCUAGGAGCUGCAAAGAGGAUGUUUGCUCAAGCCUUGGGGAAACAAGCAGGGAAAGAUACUUUUCUUUCAAAAUCCACUGAGUUUAAGCAUAUUAAUGCAGAGUAGGAGAUGUCGAAAAUCCUUUCAGUGAAGCAUGUUUACAUUUUGUUGCAAACAUACACUGAACACUAGCUCGCCUGGUCUUCAGUUGCAGUUAAAUGGCAGUCAAGGAGCAUGUUCUGUUUGAAGCCCUGAUGGUAAAUUUUGUAAGGAGGUGUUUAUGGGAAAAAACACCAAACCUGGGUUAGUGUGUCUGGAGUUGAAUUCUGCAGCUGUGCAGCGAGAACAUUGUUGUAUCCCACUCGAUCAUGUGAAAUGCUGUUCUAUUUAGCUGGAGGGAAAAUACACUUGUGGCUCACAAGAUUGGCUCUUAUGUGAUAACUGAAGUCUAAAGUCAGAGCAGGCUAGCAUGUUACAUGCAAUUUGAAAGCCAAUCAUGCGAAAUCAUUAUUAACAUAUUAGUAAAUAAUAUGUAUAAACGCAAUCCUCCUAUCCUAGCGUUUUUUUUUUUUUAAAUAAAAAAAAUUACAUGUUUAACGUGA